CUCUGCCGAGAAAGCCAGUGGCACGGCGCGGCUCCGCAGCCCGCUGCUCUCCUCGUCUUCCUCGAACACUCCGACCGCCAUGCAGCGAGGCAGGGUGCUGGCGGCGCUGCUGUGCGCGGCGCUGCUCCCGCUCCGCACGGAGCCCGCCAAGGCGUCCAAGCGGCCGGCGCGGACCCGGACCUGCGCCGAGCGACCCGAGGAGCUGCUGGAGCAGCUGUACGGGCGACUGGCGGCGGGCAUGCUCAGCGCCUUCCACCACACCUUGCAGCCCGAGCCGCCGGGCCGCCAUCACAACGCCAGCUGCCCGACCGGCAGCCGACCGGCGGGCGACAAGAGGUUCCGGCUCCCCGUCAACCUGCGCAGCGCCUCUCCGUGGGCCUACAGAAUUUCGUAUGAUCCCACAAGAUAUCCUAAAUACAUUCCUGAAGCAUACUGUCUGUGCAAAGGCUGUCUCAUGGGGAUCUUUGGCGAGGAGAAUUUUCACUUCCGCAGCACCCCUGUGUACAUGCCAACAGUCAUCCUCCGUCGCACAUCAGCGUGUGCUGGGGGCCGUUACGUCUACACAGAAGAUUACGUCACUAUCCCAGUGGGCUGCACGUGUGUGCCCGAGCAAGAAAAAGAGGCUGAAAGUGUAAAUUCCAGUAUAGAUAAGCAAGAAAUGAAGUUGCUGGUAAGCCAGAAUAAGCCAUCAUCAGAAUGAAGAAAAUAUAAAUAGCUGUGUUACAGUAUUGCCUUCAGAUCAUCAUUUCACCACCUCAGGAAGCUGCAUCACAGCAGCAAACACAUAGACUUAACUCUCUUUUUUCUACUAAGCAGUCAUUUCAGUUAUAAAAGUUUUGUCCAGUCAUUCAGAUCAUUAGAGAUGACAAUUCACAGUAAGAACUUUAGUUCCUCUAAAUAUUUGUUUCAAAUUACAAAGUAGCUGCUUUUAUAUUUGUUUUUUAGAGCAGAACAUUUUAUCCUUGCUUAUUCACAGUAAGUUUUAGAAGAUGAUGUAAGACACACUUAACUAUUACUAUAGCAGACUAUCAGUUGUAGAUGUUUAACAGAAUCUCUUAUACUCUACUUUAAAUACUCUUAUAUGAAAUACACAUAGCUGCCAUACAUGUGCCAAAUCAGCAUCUGAGAGGCUAAUUUCUUAGGCUGGGAGAGCCUUCCUUUAUUUUGCAUAUCUCAACUCCAAGUAGUGUUCUUGGCUGUUGCAUCUUUUGACUAUUUAUACAGUACAGCAAGGAAGCUUUUGCUGAGUUUGAGUCACUCAUGAAACAAUAUUCCCUAAGUCUGCUUUUUAUUUUUUUUUAAGCUUGCCAAGUUGCUAAGGGUACAAAGGUGUUGAGAAAAAGCAUACUGAAGUGUUGUAAAACUGCAGUGCACUUUUCUGUUGUGGACUGAGCCUAAUUACACAGAAAAUACUAAUUGGAAAAAACAGAGUCUCCCAGGAUUUCUGCAUUAGAUUCCAUUAAUCAUUAACUGCUCAACUGUUUGUGACAAAACUGUAUUCUGUAUAGCAGAAAGAUGUUUUUCAUGUUAGGGUAGGAGAUUGCCCAUUAAAAAAAACAAAGUACAAAGGAUAGGCUUCAUCUCAGGAACACUGCAGAAGAGCAAAGGGGCUAGAACUUAAAUUUUAGAUGCUACAAAGAUCACUGAGGUGAGCCCCAGACAGACCUGACUUGUUGAAUUCAGCACAAUAAGUGUUACUCAUUUUUCUCAGUGCUGCAGACAAUCACCUGCAAAAGAUGGUGGUCUGCGGAAGAGCACUUUUCGAUCUCUGCAGCUUACAGGAACUUGGCAGCAAGCCCUGACCAGAAACCCAUGGUACACAAAAACUUGCAUUUCCAGAAAAGGAGACUGAAGGUUGUCUUAGUCUGGUGAAUCAGGAAUAAACUGGCAUACCUUGCACAGACAUAACUCCUCAGUCAUUAAAGCUGGCAAAUUUCUGAAUGUGCAACAGAGCAUCUUCUACAGCUGAAGGACCAUGACUGCAACAUCAUAUAGAAAGAAAUAAACACUGUACACAGCAAUGUAUUUACUACAUCAAGAAUCUCACUACUGGGCUUAAUUCAUAGUGGAGAAGGUGCCUACACUACACAAAGAUGUUCCUUUGGAGUGUUGUUGGAUGAAGAAUGGAAAGACUAUGAGCUAACAAGAAUUAACAAGCUAGAGAAUGAGCAUCACACAACUUUUUGUCUUGGUGUAUAAUUAUUAGCUGUGCUCCUUAUGACUCAGUCUGGCAUAACAGUAUUUUUUUAUAGUGCAAUCUGUAUAGCUUUUUACAAAGCCUAAAACAACUUUGAGAACUCCAGAAACCAAUAAAAGAUUUCCAUCACAAUGUCA